AUGAGCUACGAGACCGGCCACCACUACGUCGAUCCUCGCCGACAAGGUCGCUCAUUCGUCGCACAAUCGCACGACGGUGAUGUCCAAGCUAGCCAAAGACGCUCGAGUCAAGAUCUGUCGACAUGGCAUCACGAACCCAGCGAUCGUGCUCUAGCUCAUCAUCAGCAUGCCCAGCAACAGCAGUAUGUCGGCGCGCGACCCUCAAACGGUCACUCGAAUGGGCUCGAUCCCAUCCAGACUACCCUCGACGGUCACGCGCAGCCAGACGCUCAUUGGGCUCACAAUGGCCGACAUGAGUGGUCCAGUGCUCAGCGCAACGGUCACUACAGCCCCGCCAGCGCGACACGCUCGCACCAGCAAGUGCCAACAAAUGGCUUUGCAAAGCAAGACGCUUCAGGAGCCACUUAUCAACCAGUUCCGAAGGACUUUCAGAACGAUGCCGUCCAAAGCCGUCAGCGAGCGUACAGUGCCACAGCGAAUAGAUCUCAAGCAGACCUGCGAGCCCAAUGGGAUGCUUACUACCAGCAAGGAGGCUCAGCUCAUUCUCGACAGGCCUACCUGUCAAAUGGUCAUACCUACCAUCAAGGCGCCAUGCAGCAGCACCAUCCGCUCGUGAACCCGCCCGAAGGCUACUACCCUUCCCUGCCCCAGCCAAGCCUUGCGAAGUCGCCUCAAGGCGCAAACGGUCACGGGCCUGCCUAUCCGCCUCACCAGGCACACUAUGAUGCUGUCGCGAUGGACCAUCAGCAGACAAGUCCGACCAUGCAGGGCGAUCACCCAGGCGUAUAUGGCUUGCAGCCUUACGCUGCUCCAUAUGGCUAUCACCGCGGUCGGCAAGCUUCAGAUCCUGCGCACUUUGGCAAUACAGAUCCCUACACCCAACAGCUCCGCUACGCUCAGCAACAGCAAGAGCAGCAACGCCAAGCCUACUAUGCCCAAGACGGUCAGUACGCCGGUAGCAAUCUCAGACGGACGGCAAGCAACGGCAGUCCGAGCACUUCACCCGUUUCUGCGCGCUCCAGGUCAUUUUCCGCGCGUGCCACGCCUCGUCAGUCGCCCGCGCAAUCGAACGCGAUUCCAGCCAGACCCGACAAGCUGACGAUGAAAGACAUCCCUGAAGCCUUUCGCAAUGGUUAUGGCGAUUCGCAUCAACGCAGACGAACACAAACUGACGACCAAAUUCACUCCAUCUUGACUUUGCCGCCCACCUUGCUGGCUCAAUUGGCUCGCACGAGCAAUCCUGAGGAUCAGAUGAAGCUCGCAGUUCAGUCGCGUCAAGAUAAGAGUCUCUUGCAAGCUUUGGCAAUUCCGCCGCCUUCGCCGAGCGCCUUUCCCGCGACGUUCGAAUCGACAAAAGUCAUCAAGUCGCAUCCCAGUAUGGCACUUCUGCUCCAUCAGGCUGUUGCGCCCUCCGAGCAUAGCUUAACCGCGCUUGCGCCUCAAGAAAUGGCAAAGCCAUUCGUGCCCAUCUACACGUCAGUCGACAGCUGGGCGGAGCAGGAAGCUCGUCAGCAACUCAAAGAGCAGACGAGCUUCUAUAACAAACCAGCUCUCAAGCCCGAUCAGGUCCAAGAAAUUGCAAUGCAGAUCAAGAAGAUGCAUGUGCAACAGCAAGAGAAAGAAGUCAAUCAGGAAAUCACCAAUUCCAAGCAUCAAGCUAUCUCUCUGGCUACGCAAGCUGCCUCUGCAGAACAUAUGGCGUCUUCCGGCUCCCGACCUUCGGUCGAUCUGUCAAUCUACGCAGAUCAUUACCGUCGUGAGCUCGACCGCAACGCAACAGGCUACUAUCUGCAUCUGCACAAGGACGCUCUUGCUCGCUUACUGCAGGCAGAAGUGCCUGCUACAUCGUCUCCCGAAGCAGCGCACGCCGGUGUCGAUGAGACACGUCAGGCUGCCAUGCGCGUGCAAGCUGCCGCUGCCGCUGCUAUCACUGCCAAUGUCAUGGCAGCCCACGAUCUUGCCAGAUCUGCUUCGCAAUCGCUCGUGCAGACUCAGCAGCGCUCCGAUCAGCAAAAGUCGCACUCCCCUGAAGUUGCAAAUGAAAACGGCUCGGCCACGCAAGCACAAGCUCGAAACGCCUUCGAAGCAGCUCAACGGGCUUCUGCACCGGCUGAGGUCACUGAGACGCUCAAGGAUCUUUUCUACAAAGACCUCGUCACUGCAGAACAUCGCGAUUAUCUGCUCCGAUACGCCCAUCAAGUCUAUACCGAGGACGCAAACAACGAGCAGCUCUUGCCCUUGUUGCACAUGCUACAAAGUACACAUCCGACUCACUGUCCGACUUUGCUCCUCCUCAGCUGCGUCUACUACAGCAAAGGCGCUUCAAAUCGCGACUACCUCAAGUCGAGCAUUCACUGGAACGAGGCAAUCCUCAAAGUCGACAGUCAGUACGUUGAAGCCAUGUCGAACAUUGGUACCACGUUGCGCGCGCUUGGUCAUUGCGCACAAGCUGAACAAUGGUGGUGGAAAGCUAUCAAGCUGCGCCCUAUGUACUGUGAUGCCUUUGACAAUUUGCUCAGCGUGCUAUGCACCGCACAGCCUUCGCAGACCAGCACGAAAGGCGAGUCGAUUGCAGCAACACCGCCGCGUCAUGAAGAAGCAAUUCAGCUCUGUGACUUUGUGGAGCAACGUAUCUUCUAUGCUGACGAUGCCAAGGUGAAGCCGAAGCGACCGCUCAUCACACCUGCGUACAUUCCUGCUAGCAACGUGCAUCGCUUUCAGACUCUGUUCAAUGCCAAAGCGAAUCUGUGGGCAAAUCUUGGCCGAGCUGACAAGGCAAGGUGCAAUUACGAAAAGGGUAUCGAGAUUGCCCUCGCUCGUGGCCCUUCAAUACUCGGCUUUGACGUCCGCGACUUCAUGCUCGCUUCUUGUCUUGCCAGCUUGUGCUUGAUGCGGGAAGCUCUGGGCGAAGACGCGCUGAUGUGUAUGAACACGAUCGAUCAAGAAUUAGGGCUAUCGCAUCACGGAAAAUUCUACUGGCAGGAUCUAUUGACUUCGGUCUCGCGUCAGAGCGACAAUGUCGCUGCUGCACUGCUUCGACAAGGCGGCGGCUUCCUGCCCAUGACGCUGCUUACGCCCGAGCUCAUCGCACGUCUGCCAAGCCAUCUCUUCGCGAGCACAGGUGGUAUCCUGCCCAGUCUGUAUUCCCAAAACGGUACGACAAGUUCGCUUGCUCAGACAAACCAAACGACGAGCACGCUCCUCCUCACGCUCGCUAAGAUCUUCCAGGACGGUAUCGGCUCACCAAAUGUUACUGUUGCAGCAGUAGAAGGCAUACCCCUCUCGCCAUCGAUGCUGUUGCCGCUAUACUACUCUGCUUUGGCUCUCCAUCCGACGCCCUCGACCUAUAAUAAUCUCGGCAUCUUACUUGCAAGUCUGACGGCUUCGACAACUGUCUUGACUCCUGAUGGCGCGAAGAGCAUGUCGGGUCAAGACUUUGCAUUGCUCUUCUACGAGACUGGUCUCAAGCUCGACCCCUCACAUCCGCAUUUAUACACCAAUCUUGGCAGCUUGCUCAAGGACAUGGGCAGCCUACAAGAAGCUGUGCAAAUGUACGAAAAGGCAGUCGACUGCAACCCGAACUUUGACGUUGCUCUGGCCAACCUUGCCAAUGCAGUCAAGGAUCUCGGACACGUGCAAGAGUCUGUGCCGUACUACAAGCGCGCAGUGCAGCUCAAUCCAGACUUUCCAGAGGCUGUUUGCGGACUUGCAAAUGCGUUGUGCGCCAUCUGUGACUGGCAAAAUCGUGGUUCCGGCAGUCUCGAGAUUGGCGUUGGCUCGGAAGGCCAGAUUCUCCGGCCAGGCAAUGCUUCGGAUGCCAUUCUUGCUGCUCAAGGCUGGAUGGCAAAGAUCAGAUCGCUCGUCCAGAAGCAACUCUCCGACGGACUCGCCUACGGCUCCGGCAUGAUCGCCAACACGCAGCCAAUCGAAGGCUGGCUUGCAGUCGUUGCCCAGGCACUCGCUACUGGCGGCAUUCUCGACAAUACGCAGGCAUGGACUGACCGUCUUUCGCAAUUCUACGAAAAGCUUGAUCGAUGGGCUCUCCUUAUCAAUGAGGGGGGCUUCAUCAUUCGCCUGAUCGAACAUCUCAGCCGUCGCGUACAACGCCGCUGGUAUCUGCACCAGUACGGCUCGCUUGUCAAGUCGGAUGCGCCAAUGUCCGCCAUCGAUCUCAGUGAUCCUGCCGUUGUUGCUCAGUACAAGCGACCGCUGCUGCCGCCACAGCUCACAGCAACUGCAGUGCCUACUGUCUUGCCUUUCCACACUUUCACAUACCCGCUGGAUGCUCGUGAGAUUCGCCUAAUCUCGCAUCGCAAUGCGCUACGGAUCUCAAUGUCCGCACUCUCGCAGCCAUGGAUGCCCACUCACGUCUACCCACCUCCGCCGCCGCCUUCACCUAAGAUCAACAUCGGAUACGUGUCUUCAGACUUCAACAACCAUCCUCUGUCGCAUCUGAUGCAGAGCAUCUUCGGCAUGCACGAUCUGGACCGGUUCAACGUCUUCUUGUAUGCCACGACGGCCUCAGAUCAAUCGCAAUAUCGCAAGAAAAUCUCAGCUGAAUCGCAGUGCUUCCGUGAUGUCUCUGCCAUGCGCAACGCCGAGAUUAUCCAGACCAUCAUCAACGAUAAGAUCCACAUCCUCGUCAACCUCAACGGCUACACCAAGGGUGCUCGCAACGAGAUCUUUGCAGCUCGCCCGUGCCCCAUCCAGGUGGCAUACAUGGGCUUUGUCGGAACACUCGCUGCAAGCUGGUGUGACUGGCUGAUCGCAGACGAGAUUGUAUGUCCGCCUGACAUGGUGUCCUGUAAUGUCUGGCGAAAACGUCAAGAGCUUGAUGCCAGCUCGAUAACUCGGCCCACGGAGCUUCCGGGUGAUCUCGAUCCAGAAGAGAAUGACGCCAGCUGGGUCUACACGGAGAAGCUCUGCUACAUGCCGCACAGCUACUUUGUAGCCGACCAUGCUCAGUCGGCUCCUCGUGAGCCUCACGAGCUUUUGCCAAAUCUCGAGGAGCGAUGGGCAGAAGAAGAGAGAUGCCGAUGGCGGAUGCGUCAGGCUCUGUUCCCUGAGCUCGCUCCCGAGACUGUCAUCUUUGCCAAUUUCAACCAGCUCUACAAGAUCGACCCCUCGACGUUCUGCAUCUGGCUCAAGAUCUUGCAAGCUGUUCCGAAUUCUGUCUUGUGGCUCCUUCGCUUCCCUGCAGCUGGCGAGCCCAAUCUGCUUGACACUGCAAAGCGAUGGGGAGGCGAAGCAAUUGCCAAGCGGAUCCUCUUUACAUCUGUUGCUUCGAAAGAUGAGCAUCUCAACCGCGGCAGAGUUGCGGAUCUCUUCAUUGAUACCUUGGAGCUUGGAUCACACACGACCUGCGUGGAUGUGCUUUGGUCUGGCUCGCCCAUCGUGGUGUCGCCUCGCAAACGCGAGAAAAUGGGAUCGCGCGUCUCUACGAGUAUCGUCACCGCCAGCGGCUUCGCAGACGCGCUCGUCGUCGAGGAUGAAGCCCAGUACGAGCGACGAGCAGCUGAGCUCGGCAACGGCCUCAAGUACACGCUCGAUCCAGCCGAUCCCUCGAUCCGACGUGGUUCGGGCGAACUCAACGAGCUCAGGCGCAAGCUGUUCCUCAGCAGAGAGACUUCGCCUAUCUACGACACUCGCCGCUGGGUCCGCAAUCUCGAGACUGGCUUGGAGGAAAUGUGGUCUCGCUACGUGACCGGACUGGAAAUGGAAGACACUGGCGAAUGGAAGAAACACUCGGAAGAGACACGUCGCUCGGGCUGCAUCCACAUUGUCGAAAAGUGA